CUGGGCUAGCAGGAUCCCGGGUUGUCCGUACCCGGGCUGGAGGCGAGGGAGCUGAUUCCAGCUACGAGAGGGGUUAAGGGUUGCAUUGAAGAGGCUCGGGUUACCUUUCCUGCCUCUUGUCGGCGUCUGGAACUGAGUAUAUGCUGGAAGAAAGGUGAAAAUGAGUUCUUCAGUAAGAAGAAAAGGCAAGCCAGGCAAAGGAGGUGGGAAAGGGUCGUCUAGAGGAGCCAGAGGAGGCAGGAGUCACACCAAUAAAUCACACGGGGGCGGCGGUGGCGGUGGUGGUGGCAGCGCUGGCAAUCGGAAGGCCUCGAGUAGAAUUUGGGAUGAUGGCGAUGACUUUUGUAUCUUCAGUGAAUCAAGGCGCUCAUCCAGACCUAGCAACAGUAGCGUAAGAAAAGGAGAGGCACGCCCCAGAUGGAAGCCCGAAGCCAAAGUGCCCCUUCAGACCCUGCACAUGACUUCUGAGAACCAGGAGAAAGUGAAAGCUCUUCUCCGGGACCUGCAGGAGCAAGACGCAGACGCUGGAUCUGAAAGAGGCAUUUCCGGGGAGGAGGAAGAUGAUGAGCCUGAGUGUGAUGAUGAACAGUACUGGUCUGCUGGACGAGAAGCUUCCCUUGUUCCUGACUGUGACCCUUUGGAAUAUGCUGGCUCAGGCCCAGUGGAGCCUCAGAGUCCAGAGUUUACCGUCUCAACAUUUGCAGUGCAGAAGCUUUCCAGGUACGGCUUCGACACCGAGCGCUGUCAGGCAGCCCUGAGGCUCUGUGAUGGAGAUGUCGGGGCAUCACUAGAACAUCUGCUCACACAGUGUUUUUCAGAGACAUUUGGGGAGAAGAUGAAGAGCUCGGAGGCAGUUGCCCAUGUCAGCUUGGAUGAGUGUGUGGAACAGCGUCAGGAAGAGGCAUUUGCUCUCAAGUCCAUCUGUGGAGAGAAAUUUAUAGAAAGAAUUCAGAACCGAGUCUGGACCAUUGGAUUAGAACUGGAGUACUUGACGAGUAAAUUCUGCAAAUCCAAGCAAAGGGAAAGUACCAAAAAUACACAGGACGCUACACUUGAAGUCUGUAAAUUUUACCUCAAAGGAAAUUGUAAAUUUGGAUCAAGAUGCAAAUUCAAACAUGAAGUGCCCCCAAAUCAGAUUGUCGGAAGAGCGGAAAGAAUUGUAGAUGAUUCUCAUCUUAAUGCCCACGAAGAUGCCUCUUUUUUAUAUGAACUCGAAAUUCGAUUUUCUAAAGACCACAAAUACCCUUACCAAGCUCCUCUUGUGGCAUUUUAUUCCACCAAUGAGAAUCUACCUCUGGCUUGUCGUUUACAUAUUUCUGAGUUCCUUUAUGGCAAGGCCUUGACAUUGGCAGAAACUUCAGAACCUGUUGUGUAUUCUUUGAUAACCCUUUUAGAGGAAGAAUCAGAAAUAGUCAAUUUACUGACAAAUACCCAUCACAAGUACAGUGUCCCUCCUGUGAACUUUCUGCCAGUAUCCUCUGGGACCAGAAUAAAUAAUCCUGUCUGUCGUAAACCAGUGAUUCCAAAUAAUUCUUUUGCUUCAAAUCAAAUUCCUGAAGUUGAAAAAGAAUCAGAACCUGAGGAGGAAACAGAUGAGGAUGAAGGUCCUGCACCAGUUAUAGUGGAGAAUGAAAGCUAUGUGAACCUUAAGAAAAAGAUUUCCAAAAGAUAUGACUGGCAGGCAAAAUCAGUACAUGCUGAAAAUGCUAAAAUCUGCAAGCAGUUCCGAAUAAAACAGGCUUCCAGACAGUUCCAGUCAAUUCUGCAAGAAAGACAAUCACUCCCUGCUUGGGAAGAAAGAGAAACCAUUCUUAAAUUGUUGAGCGAGCACCAAGUGCUCGUUAUAAGUGGUAUGACGGGAUGUGGGAAAACUACACAGAUUCCUCAGUUUAUUCUGGAUGAUUCUCUGAAUGGACCGCCUGAGAAAGUGGCUAACAUCAUCUGUACCCAACCCCGACGAAUUUCAGCAAUAUCUGUUGCUGAACGUGUUGCUAAAGAAAGGACAGAAAGAGUGGGUUUGACUGUGGGGUACCAGAUCCGGCUAGAAAGUGUCAAGUCCUCAGCCACCAGGCUGUUAUACUGCACCACGGGCGUGCUGCUGAGAAGGCUGGAAGGAGACACAGCUCUCCAAGGAGUCACCCAUAUCAUCGUUGAUGAAGUUCAUGAGAGGACAGAAGAAAGUGACUUCUUGCUGCUAGUCUUGAAGGACAUUGUGUUGCAGAGACCAACUCUUCAAGUUAUUCUAAUGAGUGCAACUUUAAAUGCUGAGCUCUUUUCAGAAUAUUUCAAUUCCUGCCCAGUUAUUACUAUACCAGGUCGUACAUUUCCUGUUGAUCAGUUUUUUCUGGAAGAUGCAAUUGCUGUGACAAGGUACGUGUUACAGGACGGGAGCCCGUAUAUGCGCUCCGCGAAGCAGAUGACAAAGGAGAAGCUGAGAGCAAGGCGCAGCAGAACUGCAUUUGAAGAAGUAGAGGAAGACCUGAGGCUCUCUCUCCACCUCCAGCCCCAGGAUUCUGUCAAAGAUGCAGUGCCAGACCAGCAGUUAGAUUUCAAGCAGCUCCUGGCCCGCUAUAAAGGGGUUAGCAAAUCAGUCAUCAAAACAAUGUCCAUCAUGGAUUUCGAAAAGGUUAAUCUUGAAUUAAUAGAGGCCUUGUUAGAGUGGAUUGUAGAUGGAAAGCACUCCUACCCUCCAGGUGCUAUACUUGUAUUUUUACCGGGACUAGCAGAAAUAAAAAUGCUGUAUGAACAGCUACAGUCUAAUUCUCUCUUCAACAACAGACGCAGUCAUCGAUGUGUGGUGCACCCACUUCAUUCAUCUUUAUCCAGUGAAGAGCAGCAAGCGGUGUUCGUAAAACCCCCUGCGGGUGUAACCAAGAUCAUCAUUUCCACCAACAUUGCAGAGACAUCCAUAACCAUCGACGAUGUUGUCUAUGUCAUCGAUUCCGGGAAAAUGAAAGAGAAGAGAUAUGAUGCCAGCAAAGGGAUGGAGAGCCUAGAAGAUACUUUCGUCUCUCAAGCCAAUGCUCUACAGAGGAAAGGUCGAGCAGGCCGUGUUGCCUCUGGGGUCUGCUUCCACUUAUUCACCAGCCAUCACUUCAACCACCAGCUGUUAAAGCAACAGCUUCCAGAGAUUCAAAGAGUGCCGUUGGAGCAGCUAUGUCUGAGAAUUAAAAUUUUAGAGAUGUUUAGCACUCACAAUCUCCAGUCUGUGUUCUCUCGGCUCAUUGAGCCGCCGCACACUGACUCUCUCCGCGCCUCAAAAAUACGAUUACGAGACUUAGGAGCAUUAACUCCAGAUGAAAAGCUGACUCCCCUAGGGUAUCACUUGGCCUCUCUGCCCGUGGAUGUGAGAAUCGGCAAACUGAUGCUGUUUGGGUCUAUCUUCCGCUGUCUGGAUCCUGCCCUCACCAUUGCUGCCAGUUUGGCUUUUAAGUCUCCUUUUGUGUCUCCCUGGGAUAAAAAGGAGGAAGCUAACCAGAAAAAGCUAGAAUUUGCAUAUGCAAACAGUGACUAUCUGGCUCUUCUACGAGCAUAUAAGGGAUGGCAGCUAAGUACAAAAGAAGGAAUGCGUGCAAGUUACAAUUACUGCAGACAGAACUUCUUGUCUGGAAGAGUUCUUCAGGAAAUGGCCAGCCUCAAACGACAAUUCACUGAACUGUUAUCAGAUAUAGGCUUUGUAAAGGAGGGACUCAGAGCAAGGGAAAUUGAGAAAAGAGCCCAAGGAGGAGAUGGGAUCUUGGACGCCACAGGAGAAGAGGCAAACUCAAAUGCUGAGAACCCAAAGCUGAUAUCAGCAAUGCUGUGUGCUGCUCUUUAUCCAAAUGUAGUGCAGGUGAAAAGCCCAGAAGGGAAAUUUCAGAAGACCAGUACCGGAGCUGUCAGAAUGCAGCCCAAAUCAGAGGAGUUGAAGUUUGUCACCAAGAACGAUGGCUAUGUGCACAUCCACCCUUCUUCGGUGAACUAUCAGGUCAGACACUUUGACAGCCCCUACCUGGUGUACCACGAAAAGAUCAAAACUAGUCGGGUUUUCAUUCGAGACUGCAGUGUGGUGUCCGUGUACCCACUGGUCCUGUUCGGCGGAGGCCAAGUGAGCGUGCAGCUUCAGAGAGGGGAGUUUAUUGUGUCCUUGGAUGACGGUUGGAUCCGAUUUGCGGCUGCUUCGCAUCAGGUGGCCGAAUUAGUAAAGGAACUCCGUUGUGAACUUGACCAGCUCCUCCAGGAUAAGAUAAAAAACCCAAGCAUAGAUCUAUGUACAUGUCCUCGAGGAUCCCGGAUCAUCAGCAUGAUUGUGAAACUUGUCACCACACAAUAAAGUCCAGUCUCAGGAGAGUGCUUGCUCUUCCCCUGCUUCUCGCUCACCUGGGCAAUAACAGCAGCGCCUCUCCCUGCAGGCAGGCUCCGCUCUCUGGGCUGCCCCGGAGAAGGAGCCCAGGGCAGGCACCGCGCAGGCCCUGAGGCACCGCACACCUUUAGGGAAGGUUCCCAGACGGAGUAUUUCUGACAGAACAAGGACACUCCCAGCACAAUUUGGAGUGUCCGUGUGAGGCAGUCUAAAAAACCGGCUUGCCUGUCUUUUUCUCUGUGACUAUCCCGAAAUGAAUGAAAUUCACCUCAUCAUACAAAAGUGAAUGUUGAAUCUCGAUUCGGUUUUAAUCUAUGUAUUUUUUUUCUAUUUACAUGAGGAGAAGUACUGAAUUUUUUUCUAUUGUAAAAGCUCAUCUGAAAGAAGUUAGAAUAGAGAAGGACAAAAAAUCAUGUAAGCAAGAAAAAUUAAGAUUUCAUUUUAGGCUAUUAGCUACGAAGUAAACUUAAACUUGAUAUGUGAGGGAUUUUUAUUUUACUCAUUAAAGGUCAGCCUAAAAGUCCUGAAGAGCUCUUAUUUGUUGUUAAAAUGCAAGCUGGUUUUAUCCUUACCAUUCUUCUUCUUAGAAGCAGAAGAGUCUAGGUGUCUUUGUUCUGUUUUUGGAUUUCCAUUUAGGAAUCUCUGCUCUUUCUUAGGAACACCCAGAUCUAAUGGCCACAUUGCACAUUACCCAGCAAGGAAUUUUGACGGUCUUCUCAGAGCAGACUUGGCACAGCCGAGGUAAAAAAGAUUGUCAUGCUAGUGUCAGAUUUUCAGCCAUAAAAGUGUCUUCCAGGAGGCUGCUUAUUUUCAACCACCCCUUAGGUGAAUGGGGAGCUAACAUUUUGAAAAACUAUCAGUACAUUGACAUUUUCUCUAGGCAUUUAUCCAUGUGGCCAAGAAGCAUCACAGAGAGCUGAGUAGAAAAAAUAUUCUUACGUGUGUGUGGCACUUGGGUAGUCACUGCAGGUUUCAUACCAUAGAUGGAAUUCAGACUAAUCAGCAGAACCACCACAGUGAAGGGAGUUCACUUUUCACAGUAUUAUUUCAGUUAAAUUUUCAGGAAACCUUCUAGGCUGUCCAAAAAGGUCAUUGCCCAGCGUGUUUAAGCCUUGGCGCACUCGAAGAGCUUAGACUCUAAGUAUUGAUUAAAAGACAUUAAUCACGUCAUCACUUUAAAUUUAAAAA